AUGAAGCCCCGGGACCUGCUCUCGCGCAUCCGCCGCCCCUUCUCCUCCUCCUCCUCCUCCUCCGCCCGCCGCGCCGCCGCCGACGCGCGGCGGGAGGAGGAGGACCUGGAGGCCAUCGCGGCGCGGGAGCAGCGCGCCUUCCGCUACGAGGCGCUCCUCGCCGCCACGCGCGGCUUCGGCGCCAAGCAGAAGCUCGGCGAGGGCGGGUUCGGCCCCGUCUACCGCGGCACGCUCGAGGACGGCCGCGAGGUCGCCGUCAAGCGCCUCGGCGCCGCCUCCAGGCAGGGCGCCCGCGAGUUCCGCAACGAGGCCAGCCUCCUCUCCCGCGUCCAGCACCGCAACGUCGUCAACCUCCUCGGCUACUGCGCCCACGGCGCCGACGAGAAGCUGCUCGUCUACGAGUACGUCCCCAACGAGAGCCUCGACAAGAUCCUCUUCUCCGGCAGCAACGCAGCGCCGCACAGGCAAGGCAACAAAUCCAGCAGCGACAGCAGCAGGCAACUGCGCGCGGAGCUGACAUGGCCGCGGCGGCACGAGGUGGUGGUGGGCGUGGCGCGCGGGCUGCUGUACCUGCACGAGGACGCGCACACGCCCAUCAUCCACCGCGACAUCAAGGCCAGCAACAUCCUCCUGGACGACCGGUGGGUGGCCAAGAUCGCCGACUUCGGCAUGGCGCGCCUCUACCCGGAGGCCGGCGACGGGCGGUCGCACGUGCAGACCCGCGUCGCCGGCACCAACGGUUACAUGGCCCCCGAGUACCUCAUGCACGGCCACCUCUCCGCCAAGGCCGACGUCUUCAGCUUCGGCGUCCUCGUCCUCGAGAUCGUCUCCGGCCGCAAGAACUCGGCAUUCAUCCCGCCGCCCGACUCCGACGCCGACAACCUCCUUGACUACGCCUGGAAGCUCUACAAGAAGGGGCGGAGCAUGGAGCUGCUGGACCCGUCCCUGAAGGCGGCGGCGGCAGAGCAGGACCAGGUGCUGCUGUGCAUCCGCAUCGGGCUGCUCUGCGUGCAGGCCGACCCGCGGCUGCGGCCGGACAUGAAGCGCGUGGUCAUCAUCCUGUCCAAGAAGCAGAGCACGUUGGAGGAGCCGACGCGGCCUGGCGCGCCCGGGUCGCGGUACCGGAGGAGGGCCCACGGCCUGCGCAGCUCGCAGUACUCCGACGGGUCGUCAUCCGGCACCACCCCCUCGACGUCCGCCGUGUCGACGUCGCAAGCGUCGGCUUCGGCUUCAAACGCGACAACGGCGACAUCGAGCACGCACACAUUGCGGAGCCAGGGGCUCCCCUCGCACCGGGAAGGGAAGGAGUUGCCACACAGCGGCUGAAGCUCACUGUACAUACGCCCAUUCUUUUCUCUUUCUUGUUCGCUUUGGUGUCUGAUUUGGGAUUGUAGAUUAGAUAGCAUGAUUGUUUUGCCAGUGCAUAGGAAGGGUCUAGGAUUUUGUUAGGAGUCCGCUAGUUCGUAGACAGACUGAAAUGAUUAAGCUACGGGACCGACCUAUUACUGGCAGUGAUAGGAAAUGUGCAUAGAAAAAUGGAAGAAAUCUUUGUUUACGUAAGCU